AUGAGUGCUAAAUCAUCAAGUCGUACAACAGGACAACCAGCUGCAGCUUCAGCAAAGCCAAGCGCACGUACGCCAAAACCACGAAAUGAUUAUGCAGAUCAAGAAGAAGAAUAUAAACGAUUAAAUGCACAACUUGAAGCAAAAACACAAGCACUUGUUGAAGAAGCUGAUCAAGUUUUAAGAAAUCAAAAUCGAUUCGUCUCAACAGAUAAUAAUGAUCGUACCUACAGUUUACUUGAUCAAGUCGAUACAGAUGAUCAAUUAUUCGGCGAUCUGCAAAUUGCUUCAUCGCACACAAGAGAUCUUAGAAGACCUCCAUCUGCAACAUAUCACGAAGAAAAUCUAUCAGCAAAAAAUAGAAAACCAUCUGUUACAAAAUUUCAUCCGCGAGUUGGAGAUGAUGUUGCCACUGUUGAUAAUCAUCGAUAUGAUCAAUCAAUUGAUCAUACUAUUUUACAAGAUCAAGCUCGAAAUACAUUUGAUAGAACAGUAGCAGAUAUUGAAACAAAAAUUAAUCGAACCAAAAGCAGCGUCAAUACAAAUGCUAUUGACAAUGACGAAGACGAUAUUUUUCCAGGUGCUGCGAAAGAUAUGGGUUCAGAGGCUAAAAUUCGCUUUCUAAAAGCACGUCUUCGUGUCAUGCAAGAAGAACUCGAACGAAUGCAUACAGAAUGCGUUAAACGCGAAGAAGAGAAUGAACGUAUAAGUUUAAAAGUAAAAGAAUCUGAUGAUGAUCGAAGUCGUCUUAAUCGUGUUGUAACAACAUUACAAGAUCAAUUAGAAAAAUAUAAAAAAUUGAGUAGUGAUACAAAAUCAAAACUUGAUACAACUGAAGUAGAACUUAGUUCUCUACGAAAAGAAUUUGAUCAAACAAAACGUCACACUAAGAAACAACAACAAGAUCAAACGCAAACAGAUACGAAAUUAAAUCGAGCAUUAGAAGAAGCUGAAAGAUAUAAACAACAAUUGAAUAAAAUGCAGCAAUCAACAAAAGAUAUAAACGAACAAGAUAAAAAGAAGAUUGAACAAUUAACAAAUGAAAAUCGCCGAUUAGAAAAACAACGCUUGGAAUUAAUGAAUGCAUUUAAACGGCAAUUAAAAUUAAUUGACAUACUUAAAAAACAAAAGCUUCAUUUAGAAGCAUCAAAAAUGCUUCAAUUCGCUGAAGAAGAAUUUUGUAAAGCCAUCGAAUGGAACACUUCAUAA